CGUCGGCAGCUGCAGUUGCAAUCGUAAUACAAAAAAUAAAAUAAAUGUCACUUUUGUCAGAAAGGAAGUAAGCACAUUGUGUUCAAUUUGUUACAUUAUAAAAUAUAUCUCUGUAUUCUUGCGCUUAAAUAGUGUUAAUCAUCGACGAGUUCAAUGCCGUUCCAAUGAUGGAGCUAUUCAUCUGAGCCACGCAGAGUUCUAUGGAAUACACCUUCAAUAGGCAGACUGCUACAUACUUUUUCCGCAGUUAAGAAGUAUGUAUAGCAAUGAAGAAAUGCGAUGCCUGCCGUAACCGUUGCGAUCGGGGGGCUCCGGACCGGCCUGGAGACGACCGGGACCCCCUCCUAAACACUCCUGCCAUCUUGCAGGAGGAGCCCCACGAUUUACCCAACUUAACGUGCGGCAUCUGCACGAUGUUCCCGUCGUGCAUGUCGCUGCUGCCGCGACGCAACGAGCCGCGCCCGCCGCGCCCGGGGCAGGCGCCCGUCGUGCUCAACGUGUACGACAUGUACUGGACCAACUGGUAUACAGCGGGUGCGGGUGUGGGAGUGUUCCACAGCGGAGUACAAGUGCACAGCUCGGAGUGGGCGUACGGCGGGCACCCCUACGCGUUCACGGGCGUCUUCGAGAUCACGCCGCGAGACGAGCGGGAGCUGGGCGAACAGUUUCGAUUCAGGCAAAGCGUGCACAUAGGCUACACAAGCUUCAGCGAAGAGGAAGUGAGACGGCUGGUCACAGAGCUGGGCAAACAGUUCCGCGGUGACAGGUACCACCUCAUGAACAAUAAUUGUAAUCAUUUCACGUCCGCCUUUUGUUUGGCGCUAUGCGACCGGGACAUCCCCGCGUGGGUCAAUCGGCUCGCGUACGUCAGUUCCUGUGUACCUUUCCUACAGCGCUGCUUGCCUAAAGAGUGGCUUACCCCGGCGGCGUUGCAGCACUCUCUAGCGGCGCACUCGCGGUCGUCUUCGCCCGCCACGCCCUCCACGCCGCAAUAGCGCCACGAAAACCUGCACUCAUGCAGACCCAAAAGAAAACGUGUUGUGCAUAUUAAUUAGAUGUAAUAUUAGUUGAUUGUACAUUUGGCGCAUUGUCGAACACACUAGAAUUACUAAUGUUGCCAGGUGGU